GUGUAAUAUUGCCAAUGUUUGAAUCCCUCUAAUUUCAUGUCGUAUUAUUCAAGAGAUGAUUCCGGCUAUGCAAAGCAUUCUAUGGAAAACAUUGUGAGUGAAAAGACAGUCGAGAACGCCGCAAAAAAGGCGUCAUUUGACGAACGAAGCUGGGUUUGGAUAUCUGAUCCAGAGGAAGUUUACUUGAAGGCAUGGAUCGAAGAAAAAUUAAAUUCAGGUUCCCAAUACAGAGUUCGAUUAGAGAAAGAUGGGACCGAACGAAUUGUGGAUUCUGGUUCUACGGGUGAAGUUAAUCCUCCAAAGUUUGAUAUGGUAAACGAUAUGGCCGAAUUGACAUGUCUUAAUGAACCUUCAGUUAUUCACAAUCUAAUUCAAAGGUACGAACGAGACUUAAUCUACACCUACUCCGGUCUCUUUUUAGUAGCGGUGAAUCCAUAUAGGUCAUUACCAAUUUACGGCGAUGAUAUGGUAAAAAAGUAUCAUGCUAAACAAUUACCUGAAGUCAAACCUCAUAUCUUUCGUGUGGCAGAUAUUGCUUACAGGAAUUUACUGGAGAGAGAGCAAGAUCAAUCAAUUUUGGUGACUGGUGAAUCAGGUGCAGGUAAGACCGAAACCACAAAGAAAGUUAUCCAAUAUCUUACGGCAAUUACUGGUACAUCUACCAACGAUUCACAACUUCUGGAAAACAAAAUUCUAGACACCAAUCCCGUUCUGGAAGCCUUUGGUAAUGCCCAAACAGUAAGAAACAAUAACUCUUCUCGCUUUGGAAAGUUUAUUCGCAUUGAAUUUUCCAUUGAUGGCAGCAUUGUUGGUGCAAAUCUCGACUGGUAUCUACUUGAGAAAUCGCGUGUUACAAAUCCAUCUCCUAAUGAACGGAAUUACCAUAUAUUUUAUCAGUUGUUGCGUGGUAGUGAUGGUGAUUUACUAAGAGAAUUAUUUCUUGAACGUUCCGUUGACAAAUACACUUAUCUGAGAAAUUGCGCGAAGUUUAUCUCAGGGGUAGACGAUGCGCUUGAAUUUCAACAACUUUGUGCCGGCCUUACUACACUUGGAUUUAGUUCUAAAGACACAAAGCAGCUUUUUAUUGCAAUUGCUGCUGUUUUACAUCUGGGAAAUAUAGAGGUUGCUUCUGAUCGUGCUGGCCAAGCACGGUUCCCGUCAUUGACACACAUUGACCAACUAUGCCAUUUGUUAGGUAUACCAGCUGAAUCUUUUAUAAAUGCAGUAUUGCAUCCAAAAACAAAGGCGGGAAGGGAAUGGAUUGUUAAUGCACGUACAAAGGAGCAGGUUCUUCAUACUCUUCAAUCACUUGCAAAGAGUUUGUAUGAAAGGAAUUUUGCAUUUUUAGUCGACAAGCUAAACCGAACAAUGUACCAGACUCAGAAUGAUAAUAAUUGCUUUAUAGGCGUCCUAGAUAUUGCAGGAUUUGAAAUAUUCGCGCAUAAUAGUUUUGAACAACUGUGCAUUAAUUACACAAACGAGAAACUUCAGCAAUUUUUUAAUCACUACAUGUUUGUCCUUGAACAAGAGGAAUAUUCACAGGAAAAAAUUGAGUGGAAUUUUGUUGAUUAUGGAAAUGACUUACAACCAACUAUAGAUAUAAUUGAGAAGUCUGAACCGAUUGGUAUCCUUUCUUGCUUAGACGAAGAUUGUGUUAUGCCAAUGACCACGGACGUCACCUUUACUGAAAAACUACAUUUGUUGUUGAAAGGAAAAACUAACAUUUAUCGUCCCAAAAGGUUCUCAUCUGAAGGAUUUUUGUUGCGACAUUAUGCUGGUAACGUAGUUUAUUCUACAGAAGGCUGGUUGGAAAAGAAUAAAGAUCCUCUCAAUUCAAAUCUCGCGAAUCUGAUAUCUCAAUCAUCAAAUAUGCAUGUAUCUUCCCUAUUCGCUGAUUAUUCUUCAGGGAAUACUUUAAAUGGUGACCAGUAUGAAAAAAAGGGUAUUUUCCGUACCGUUUCCCAAAGACACAGACGACAACUUAAUACUCUGAUGAAGCAAUUAGAAGCUACUCAACCUCAUUUCGUCCGCUGUAUUAUCCCUAAUAGCAUAAAGAAGCCCAAGAAUAUUGAGAAAGCACUAGUUUUACACCAGCUAAGAUGUAACGGUGUUUUGGAAGGAAUUCGCAUUGCCCAGACAGGGUUCCCUAACAAGUUGUUGUACACUGAGUUUCGAUCUAGAUACGGAAUCCUAUCUAAAACACUAGCAAAGGGUUAUACAGAAGCGAAGGAGGCUACGGUUGCUAUAAUAAAAGAUUUGGAUUUGUCUACAAGCGUAUAUAGACUGGGCGAAACGAAAGUUUUUUUCAAGGCUAAUGUGCUUGGUUUUCUGGAAGAUCGAAGAAAUGCGAUACUGCGAGACAUUUUUAAAGCGUUUUCUUCUGUAAUAAGGGGAUCUCUUGUUCGUCGGCGUCUUUAUCGGUUAAAUCAUCGUCAGGACGCUGCUAUAGUUUUGCAGCAUAACUUAAGACAACUGAAAGUCUUAAGGAAACAGCCUUGGUGGCAUCUAUUCUUAAACUUAAAACCUUUACUGGGGACAACUCAAACGGAUGAAUAUCUACGCCGUAAGGAUACGCUCAUCAAUAACCUUAAGGUCCAAUUGGAAAAAGCAGAGUCUGUUUCUGUUGAACUAGAGGCUAAUCGUCAGCGAAUUUCGAAGAUUUCGAAGGAAUUGAGUGAAGAACAGUUAAUUUCAAAAGAGAAAGAGAUUCUAGUUGAGCGAGCCAAUUCCAGAAUUGAAGUUAUUAACGAGCGUGUUUCGGAUUUGGUAGAGCAAUUACGCUUGAGCCAGGAAAAAUAUUCCGCAUUGUACAAUGAAAAGAAGGAGACUGAGGAACAGCUAGAAAAAUACAGGUCUUUAACGAAUCAUCUUCAAGAAUCGAUAUCCACUUUGCAAGAAAAGUUAGAUCUUGCUGUUACAGAAGAGGAAGAGACGAAAAGAAAAUUUAAAGAAUUUGAAUCAUCUCACAUUAAUUUACAAGCAGAUUAUGAGCACUAUGCACAAUUGUUAGAUUCUCAAAGGAAAACUAUAGAAGAAGUACAAACUAAAGCUGAUGGACUAAAACAAACCAAAAACAAGCUAGAGGAAGACAUUCUUUGGAAAGAAAAUUCUUUUAACGCAGCAAUGGAUGACUUAAAAUCGGAAAACUCCAAUCUUAAAAGUCAAUGCAAUACAUAUGAAUCUCAAAUUGCUGAUUUGGUAUCUAAUUAUUCUAGGACUGAAAGCGAGUUGAAUAAGAAAGAAUCUGAGAUCUUGAUGUUUCAAAAGGAACUUGCUGAAUAUAGAGACCAACUUGCUAAUUCUUUAAAAAAGCGUGCUUCAUCAGAAAUUCUUGUUGAGGAGGAGGCACUAUCCCUUGAUAGUCAAGAAAAUACAUUUUCGUCUUCUUCGACAACUCUUUCGAUAUUAAAAGAUGUUCAAGAAUUAAAGGCUUUACAUUCUAAAGAAGCAACACAACUGUCAGAUAGGAUAAAGGAUGUUACUCAGCUACUUGAGCAGAGCAUGGUUACCGAAGAUAAGCUGCGUUCAAGAAAUAAUGAGCUCUCGGAUAUUGUUGAAGCUUUGAAAUAUCAAUUGCAAGAACAGGAUAGGGAGAUUAUUGAAGCGAAUACUGCGAACGCGAAUCUUCAAAAGACUAAUGAUGUUUUGGAAAAAAAUGCAACAGACUUUAUUGAUUUACAAAGUGUGAAAACGCGUUAUGAAUGUAAAGUUUCAGAGUUAUUCUCCCAAUUACAUAAAGAGCGAAAAAGGGUUGAACAAUUAAAGACAAAGCUUGAAACAUUCGUUAAUCAUGAAAAGGAACAUUAUGACCAUGGAAUUUCAAAAGAAAACGAACCUCCGAAGGGUACAGGAAAUGAAAGCCUUCGGAAGAUUACUGAUCUACUUACCUCAGCAAUGAACUCUUCAACUUUUGAGAAGUACCAUCUGGAGAUGCUUCUUAAUACAUUACAGCAACAAAUCUCAGAGUUUGACUUAAGUUCUCCUCAACGUAAUUUGAUGUUUUCUCAUUUAGAUUCAAUAAAGAGAAAAUCAUCAAUGAGAAAAGAUUUCGAACUUCCGUUAUCGCCUUCUAAGACUGAUAAUUUUGAUUCCACUAACUUUACUAAAAUGCUCCAAGGUUCUCCUAGUAAGCGUUCUGGAAAAAUGGAGGCGCUUAUAAGAAAUUUUGAUCAAAAUAAUACUCCCUUAUUAUUUGAACCUAGUAAAGAGGAUGGCAAUCAAAAAUCCACCAAUCUUCGCUCAGAAAUUAUGAAACUCAACUUUAAUUUAGAAGAAGCAAAACGAAGUGGAAUUUUGGAUUCUAGUUCUGUUGACAGUGGUGUUACUGCUGCAAUGCAGUCGUUGCUAGAAGAAAAUCGAGCAUUGAAAGCUGCGGCGACGGCGAAUGUAAGCACUGAAAGUUUCCCUGAUGAGCAAGAACAGUUAUUAAAUGAAGUUCCUGCUCGAUUGCAAGGUGAUUUGAGAAGGCAUUUUGAUCAGCUACGCCAAUCCAAAGAGACAUUAUUGAAACUGCUCAAUAUUACUGAAGACAAGCUGCAUUCGGCUGAUUCAGCUCUCAAAGAGACUACUAAAGAAAGAGAUCAUUUGCUACGUAAUUUCUCUAUGCCGGCUAAGCCUUCCUUUAUGAUGAACGAUGAAACAGAGGAACUUGGGUUUGACAGUCCAGAUGGCCUUGAUGAACAGAAAUUAGAAGAAGUUAAUCUUUUACGGAUGAGGAAGCUGGAAAGCGCUCUUUCUAAAUAUAGGAGUCGUCUUGGUGAAUAUCAGUUACGCCAUGAAAAUUCCGAAUCGUCAAUUCACAAACUACAACGUGCUAAGACAACCCUUUCCAACAGAUUAAACGAAAGAGAAACAUAUAUAACUGAACUAUUGGACACUCAUAAGAAGAUGGAAACGGCGCUACUGGAGUCAAAUGCUAAGCAAAAAGAGUUUGAAAGCCUAUAUCAUGAAAAAAAUAAUGAUUUAUCAGAAUUGAAGCAACAUAGAGAAAAAUUGAUGAAACAAAUUGACGAAUUUAAUACAGUACGUGUUCAAGAUCUGGAGGAACGUGAACGAAAAGAUGAAUUAUUAUUCCAGCGUUACCAAAAGGAGCUUAAUGGAUUUAAGGUACAACUAGAAGAAGAACGAGAGAAAAACUUACGAAUACGGCAAGAUAAUCGACAUGUUCAUUUAGAAGUCGGAGAGUUAAGAACGAGGGUUGAUGAACUAAUUCUGGAAAAAACAGGUCUAGUGAAAGAAACUUCACGUUUGCAAUCCGAAAUUCAAUCAAUGUAUAAGGCAAAGAACAAUACUUCAGUGGCACAUCGAACCGUACAAUCACAAUUGCUUAAUUUGACGUCGCAACUGCAAGAAAUCCGAGAAAUGAAUGAGCAUCUUCGUUCUGAACAAAAUAGUUUGCUUAAUGAAAAACGUACUCUCGAACAGAACGUACAGGAGUUGACAAGUCAACUGAACAAUAGCAAAUCGUCUGAAUACUCACCAGACUUAGCUGAUACUGAGAGAGAAAUAGCUGAUUUACGAGCGAGCAUGGAUCGAAAAGAUGAAAUGUUAACGUCGCUUGUGGACAGAAUGAAGCAAAUGGAGUUCUUUGCCUCUGAAACGCAAAAAGAUAGUAAUCUACACCGUGAAGAAAAUCUAAAUUUACAUCGGCAAAUUGGAGUUUUAGAAAACGAAAAGAAAGAAUUAGAACUUCGACUAUUUGAUUUGGAUGCUAAGAGCUACCCAAUAAGUUCAUCAAAAGAUGUUCGGAUGCUUCAAAAACAAAUAGCAGAAUUGGAGAGCUCUGUUGCGGAUGCGGAUAAUGAACGUAUAAAGGGACUUGAUGAGUGCAGGCUUCGAGAUCGAAAUAUUCGUCAUCUAGAAGCUCGUCUUCAAAAAUAUGAUGAAGAAAAGCAUAAUCUCUCAGCAUCCAUUUCUCGUCUGGAAGAUCGGAAUAGCCUUUUGAAUAGCCAACUAGAAGAUACAAAAGCUUCCGAAACACAUUAUAAGUUAGCUUUGCAAAGAGCAGAGCACGAGGUUCAAGAAGAGCGAGAGAACCUUGGGAAUCUAGAACGAGAUUUAGAAAAAUAUCGACUCAUACUUGAAGGUCAACGAGCUAGGCGUUUAGACAGUCGAUUGUCCAUGCGUUCUAGUACAAAAUCACCGUCUUUGCAUUAAUUUUUUGUGCAUUUAAGCUUGCUUUCUUUUCUUGUUUCUAUCAAUCUUUUUUAUUUAGUAUUAUUUCUCUGAUGACCAAAUUUUACAAGUGCUAAUAAGCUAAGUAAGUUGUUUAUAUAGUUUGUAUUUUUACUAAUAUCACUUACUGCUAUCAAAUGGUGAUACUUGGAUUUUUUUGUACAUAUAUAUAUAUAUAUAUAUAUUUCUACGUUGAUCGAACUUUUUACAUUUUUGAUGAUGCUUCUUUAUCUUACUUGAACAAACAUUGUUUGUUAUUACAAAGGAAUCAUCGUUCUUUUGCUUGCUAUUUGCUUACUACUUACUAUUUUCCAAAUGACUCUUAACGAUAUAUAUCCGCAAUAUUAGCAUGCCAUAUCACAUACAACAAGGAUUAUAAAAAAUUAUAAACGAAUUGUAUUGUUGAUUUUAAAAUUAAAAUAAACUCUAAGCAUACGUUAUGAGCAUUAUCAUUAUUCACAUUAUGUCAAUAAAAAUAUUCAUAACAAUUUAUAGAUCAUAAAAAAAAGUGUGUGUGCGUGU